UGGCAUUGCUUUACAAAGACCAACUCUGCAGCUGCCACAUCCUCCUAGCACUUUUGCACUUCUUUUUCUACUGCACCCUCCAAGCAUGUUUGCUCUCUUAUAGUCACCCUGCCUUCUAGACACCUUUUGCUCUUCAACAUCCACACUCUCCAAAAGUUAUCUUGCCCUUUGAGAGCCUUUUAGCCAUUCGGUAGGUGCUGUGCCCUCGAAGCAUUUUUCCUUUCCAGCAACACUAUGCGCAUCAAGCGUUUUCGCUAUUCUGCACCCACAGUACCCUUUGAGCAAUUUUGCUCUCUGGUAACCUGUUGGGCUCUCCUAGCAUUUCGUUCUUUGGUAGCCGUUCAGUUCUUGAAGAAGUUUUGCUCCCUGGAAAACUCUCCGCUGUGCUUUACAAGUAGUUUUGCUCUCCAAUGGUUGUUGUGCCCUUUGAUAAUGUUUUGCUCUCUGGUAGUCAUCGUGUCUUUUAAGCAUGUUUGCUCUUUGGUGGCCGCUGUACCCUCUAACGAGUUUUGCUCAUUGGCAACUGCUGUGCUUAGCAGUUUUUGCUAUCCAGCUGAAGCUGGACAGAUCUUUUGCUCUUUAGAAGUUGCUGUCCUCUGAUAACGUGACCCCAUGGUUGGAGCUGUCCUUUUCAGGCAACCAUUUUGUGCUUUACUUACGGUCAACUUCCACCAUGUCAUCUUCACACGCCUACACCAAAUUGAUGUGUGAAACUGUCAUUAUUUAGUUUGUCAGCUCCAACAACCAACUGGCUGACAUGUUUAUUUAGUCUUUCAAGGGGUCUUGUGUUGAUAACAUUUGUAAAAAGGUUGACUUAUAUGAUACAUAUGUUCCAGGGGGGGAGUGUUAAAAAUAUGAUUUGAAAGACCAAGCAUACCCAAAUGUGAGAGAAAGUCGUCCAUAAAAAGUAUUUAGAGGUCUUGUGUUGAAGACUUUAAUAACAAGCAUAUUGUUGAAGUUGAUUAUUUCUUUG